AUGAUGAAAGAGCUCGGACUGGAGCCAUAUCGUCCUCGGUUGCUGCAUGCUUUAACCGAAGACGAUCCUGAUAGACGUUGUGAAUUUGUCAACAUCUUUCUCAAUUUAUUGACUGGUGAUUCUUCCUUAAUCGAAUUAUUUGGACAGAUGAAGCCAUUUUCAAAAAAUCCGCAUGUUAUCGUCACACAAGAAAUGAAUGCGUCAGGCAUUAUCGUAUGGACUGGAAUCUGGGUAGGAGGCAGCAUGCUGAAAAGACAUAUUGUUGCUGCUAUUGCAAGUGAAAUGGAUUUGGAAGAGGCAAUCUAUAUGCACAAUGGAGCACUAGCUCACUACGCUCGAUCUAUUGACUGGCCUCCACGAUCACCAGACCUCACACCAACUGACUUUUUUCUGUUGGGUGUGCUCAAAGAGUGUGUAUACGCUACGAAACCUCAAAAUCUUCAAGCACUACAGGAUGCUAUGAUCACUGAAAUUCAAAGUUUACCAGUAAAAAUUUAUCAAAGCGCUUGCCACUCAGUAUCGAAGAGGCUUCAACCUUCCAAAGACUUCAAUGAUGAACAUAUUGAACAGUUUUUUUAA